CCUUGUAUCAGCGGCGAAGCGUCCUUUCCGGCGAGAGCUGCUCUAUCGCCCCCAGCCUCCAUCAAAUCUAUCCGGCACAGAUAAGGCACAGUCGCAAUCAUGAUAAUGGGGAGCUCCUGCGUGGAGCUGUCAUGCUGCGACUCCCGUCUCGCUGCCUGGGCCUCUUCUCCUGAGCUCCUCUUUUCACACCCGCCUGAUCCCUGGAAUUCGCAACAACGGUACGUUGCGCCCUGAGAAGAAGAAAAGGAGGUUGUCACACGGCGCUAUGAGUUCCCUGCCGAGUCCGUCCACUCCGCCCGAAUACCAGCCGUUCACAGACGCCCACCCACACGAGCACCAUCAACACCGACAUGAACACGAACCAUACACAGACGACCCCACGACCCCGAGCACCCACCAAGCCACGCAUCUCCCGCCGCCAAAGUACCACGACGACCCGCCUGCCCGUCUCCCUCUCCCCCUACACCAUGACACCCCCUCGCCCGCCUACUCCACCCCGCAACCCUCAAACGACGACGCCCCGCCCAGCUAUCACGCGUCUGUAGCGGCGUCGUAUCCUGCCACGCUCAUUUCGCGCAUCCCGCCCGCGUACUAUGCGGCGCAACACCAGCAGCAGGACGAGGAGACGGCGGCUAUGGUGUACGGGGAGGAGAUCGGUAGCUUGAGCAUGACUGUAGAGGAGUGGGUUGCACGCGUAAUAGUCAUAGGGGUCGUGUUCGGUGUGGCGUUUGUGGUGGCGGUUAUUGCAUGGAAUGGAUAUCUGUGGUAGGGGUCGAGCUGGGAGUGGGAGGGUUGUAGUGAAGUGGGCUUGGGGAGAGAUGGAAAGAAAGGAGGAUAUGGAGUUUAGAGUCUGUUUUGCUUACGCGAUGGCUGGCUGGGCCUUUUGGAUAUGAUACCUGUUUAUGAUUAUGGAGUUGGAUGACUGGGACGAUGUCCUUCUUUACCUCAAUAGUUGUACGUGAAUAUAUAUAUUUGCGUUCAGCAUUUCAGGGUCCAUGACGUCAUGUGACUUGCGUUGGUUGGUAUAUUCGCUGGAUGUUUAACAAAAUUACUACCACGGAAAGCUGAUAGAUGCGAAAAUACUGGCCGUUGACUACGUAAGAGAGUCUUCAAGAAAGCAUGCAAUCACAGU